AUCGUGCUGUACAACAUGAUGCUGAGCGCGCAGCGCGCCGGCGACCCCGUGCAGCAGGGGCAGAGGGGGCUGCUGCUGUAUCUCAAAGACGCGGUGGACCUGUGCGAGGUGAGCUGCGGUCAUCCAGAAAAACGCGACCUGGUGAUGCUGCGCAACCAGCUCGUGCAGUGCCUCGGCGGCGCGCCGGCAGCCAUAGACACAGAGAAGCUCUGCGACAUAGAGGAGGCGGCGGGCCUGCUGUCACAAAAGCUGCCAGAACCAGUACAUCACGAGAACGCGUGCGCCAAGUGCGCCUACCUCACUCUGUGCUCGCUGCAUCUGUGGCACACAGAAGGCCCAACAGUAUCCGAGACGCAUCCUCUAUCGAAACUCCGUCCGCAAGCCACCGGCCACCUGACAGAUGAUCACAUUAAAUACUUCUUGCACUGGCACGCUUUGCUCAAGGUGGAAGAAAAAGUACAGAUGACGUCAUCACCACUGCACGCCUUGUGGACUGAUGAUGCGGAGAAGAGAUCCAAGCGAGGAGCUUGCGCCGCUAAUCUGAAGCUACAGUCGGUGGUGCCAUCCGGCGACAGGCAUGUGCACGUCUUCGAGAGACCGGACGAAGACCUUAAAAUAGACGCAGGUAAUGCUUCUCAGAAAAAGGGACCGCAAGAGGGUGAAUUUUGUAUAGUGAGCUUGAAGAACCGACCUUGGGUAGCCGCUGGAGUCAUUUCACUUAUCAAGGGAAAAUACAUACACAUUUUAUUAGAAAGAAACCUGGGUCGUCGUCAGACCAAAGACACGUUGUUCUACAUCGACACAUACGAGUCCUACGCGACUACGGUUCAGAACCUCACCAACCUGGGCGUGCUGAUGGAGGAUACUGAUCGCGCUGAUAGAUUGAGGAAGUUAAUAAUAGACAAGUCACCAGCGACCUUCGAAGGCAAGCUGCCCAGGGAAGUGGGUCGUUUAGGACUGAAACUCAUGCGGCGGCUGAACGUGGAGCAGCAGCGCGCCGUGCUGCGGGCUGUGUCCGCGCGCACGCACGCACUGCUGCGGGGGCUGCCCGGAACUGCUAAAAUAUUUGGCACGGUGUUUGAACACGUUGUAUUUAAAACAAUCAUUGUCAAACAGUGCUAUUGUCACGUGCAGUAG